AUGCUGUCAGGUGCAGAGGAACUGAUCUCUGACCUUUUCCGCCGUACUUCUACCACAUCCAACGCAGUCGAAUUUAUUCUCAGUAGCAACAGUGCGGCGUACCAUGAUGUUAUGCAGCGAAUCUGCAACAGUAACCAACCCCAAUUAGUUAAAGGUAUUCUACGCACUGCACAGUCGCUGCUUCCAACAGAACUCUUCCAAGUAUUUGGGAAGUCGGUAGUACCUGUCUUAUUGCUCUUUGCUCCUGCCGUACUACGCAGAGUUGGUGAACUUCUGGCGGCACCAAAAGAAACUCCACUUUCAACAUGCGGUGAGUGGGAUGCCUUUACUUCUUUUAUUACCGGAAUUCACUGCAAGCUGCUCGCUUCACCUGAAUGUCGCGCCACCAACGUUAGGUCCCUCCCUCCACCACCCGUAGCCGCUCGGCAUACACCAUCAUGGUCGAAAGUGUUCCAUGGCGAAGAAAAUGUGUCCGAAGGCGUGCCGCCACCUCAACCUUCUACUGACUGUGAGGUUAAUGUUACUGCGAUUGGAACCGAUAAUUACGGUUCAUUGUUGUGCACGAUUGUCUGUGGACUUUCACACCUUCUGGCUUGCGUUGCAACUCCACCGUGUGUCAUCGGUGGUCCUGGUUUGACCACAUUGUGUAACGAGGUUAUGCGGCUGCUAUCGUCGACACCGGUUUUUUGCUACGCUUCAAAAGACGCAAACCUGCAAAUUGCAUGUGUCUCCCUAUUGUUGUCUGUGCUGAAUUUGGGGAAGGCAGUGCAGGGGUGUGUGGCAUCAUCAUUCAUGCCAACUAUGCGACGGUGGUUUGAUCUGACAUUAUAUUCAGCUAACGCCGUCUGCAUCCAGUUGCUGUUUCCUUAUAUACUGCACGCGAGGGCGCAUCGUUAA